CGGGUCCUGCGUCGCUCCGGAAGCUGCGAGUUCCGGAAGUCUGGGGAGUCCAGGUUCGGCCAAGAAAAGCCGAGCUUCCCAGAUAAUGUUUCAGAAAAAGUUGCGUGGAGCGGGGGCGUUCCGCAGACUCCGAAGGAGGCAAGUGCAAGUCUGAUUUGGGGAAAGGCGAUGAAGCCAAGCGAAACUCCUAAAAGUAGUCUUAGGAUCGCACCGUUAGAAAGAGAAAAAGAAACACGAGCUAGGCUCGAGCUCCUUUGCAUUUCACGAGGUGUCGUUCUGGACACAAACUCCGAAAUCUCCUCCUCGAACUGGGCGCCGCUCCUGGCUGGUCUGAGGCAAGGAUUUCACAGAAGAACUUGCAGCAGAAAUCCCCACUGCCAUCGCUAAAGGCUGGCAACGCUUGAGGGAGCCACGGGAAAGGGGAAAAGGUGACAUCCCCCAGAAGGCGGUGGGCGUGUGUGGAGACCUUCCGGGAAGGCAUGGCUUCCAGAGAGGAGGGGACGAAGAGGACCAGCAGGGUGCUAAGAAUCAGUCAGUUGGAUGCGCUUGAACUCAACAAGGCCCUGGAGCAGCUCGUGUGGUCCCAGUUCACUCAGUGCUUUCACGGAUUCAAGCCCGGCCUGUUAGCCCGCUUCGAACCGGAGGUGAAAGCAUUCCUGUGGCUUUUCUUGUGGAGAUUCACCAUCUACUCCAAAAAUGCCACUGUGGGACAGUCGGUUUUGAAUAUUCAGUACAAAAACGAUUUUUCCCCGAACCCGAGAUAUCAGCCACCUAGUCGGAAUCAAAAGCUCUGGUAUGCUGUCUGUACGAUUGGUGGGAAGUGGCUGGAAGAACGAUGCUAUGACUUGUUUCGAAACCCUCAUUUAGCCUCAUUCAGGAAAGCCAAGCAGUGUGUGAAUUUUAUGGUUGGACUUUUGAAAUUAGGUGGGCUGAUGAAUUUCUUGAUUUUCCUUCAGAGGGGCAAGUUUGCAACUUUGACGGAACGUCUGCUAGGCAUUCGUUCUGUAUUUUGCAAGCCCCAAAACAUACGUGAAGUCGGCUUUGAGUAUAUGAAUAGGGAACUUCUGUGGCAUGGUUUUGCUGAGUUCCUGAUUUUUCUCUUACCGCUCAUCAAUAUCCAAAAGUUGAAGGCCAAGUUAUCUUCGUGGUGUAUCCCUCUCACUGGUGCUCCUAAUGGUGACAGUACGUUAGCCACCAGCGGCAGACAGUGUUCUCUGUGUGGAGAGUGGCCCACCAUGCCUCACACCAUAGGGUGUGAGCACAUCUUCUGUUACUACUGCGUGAAGAGUAGUUUCUUAUAUGACAUGUACUUCACGUGUCCUAAGUGUGGCACAGAGGUACACAGUCUACAGCCACUGAAGUCAGGAAUCGAGAUGUCAGAAGUGAAUGCUCUUUAGAAACUAAACUUGUUUCCUCUGAGGAAAACUGUAUUAUGUUUAUUAGUCAUCCCAAGUAUGCCGUUUAAGUGUCUCUCAGGAGGGCGUGUGCUUCUCAGCCACGGGCUUCUGUUCCUUUCCAGGCAUGACUAAAUUCUAAUCACUGGAAACCACAUGCUUCUAAAAAUAUUAUGUAAACAAUAAUGUUUUAUUUUUUUAAAAUAUCAUUGCCUUCACUUUGGAUUGUCAAGAAUAAUGGACAGUUCUUGUCAGAUGGCUACCAUGAGUGCUCCUUCAUUUUGCUACUUCCUGGAAAGAGGUUGGACUCUAAAAAUAAAAGAAUUUGGAGACUCUAGGGAGAGUGUGCAUUUAUUUUCAGAGAAGGCAUUCUAACUUUAUAGGCAGGUAACAUCAGAUAACAGCAUUAAGAUUUGCUGGCCCAGUUGUGGCUUUUCUCUGAAGCCAAUUUUUAAGGGGUUCGGUCAGCCUCAUUCUCAGGCAAAAUGAUGGCCUCCCGAAGCUCAAGACAUGUUCUACCAGCUUUCUGAUCUCACUAGAAUGAGAGCUUCUUGCCUGAUUUUUGCAGCAAAGUCCAGGAGCUGGCUGUCAUUGGUCUGCCUGGGAUUAUGUGAACAUUCCUGAACCAGCAUGGAAAAAUACUGCUUCCAGUUGCCUAAAUGUGGGUGACUCCCUUAUGUAUACCACAUGAACCUCAGGGAGGAGAGAAGGCCAUUCACCACAGGAAACUGAGCUACUGCUAUGGGAAUGUUGGAUGCUGAACGGGUAAAAACAGUAGAUCCCUACUCGAGUCUGCAUUUACCUUCUUCAUACCCAAAGUCUCCAUGCAGUCCUUCAUUUUACCAGUAAGCUCAUUUGGUAAGCGCAUUAAUAGGUAACUGAAUGGUUGUCUUAGAUUGCUAAUUGAAAUUUAAAAGAUUAAAUAAAUAAGGUCAAUGAGA